GAAAGGGGGCGGAGUGAUAAAAGUAAAAGGGAAGUGAUUGGAAAGUGGUGCAGAUGUGGUUCUCUAUUCUCUCUUUUACCGACGGUCGAUUUUGCUGCCUGCGGGGCUUCUAAGUGGAUCAAGGAAAAGCCCCGUGUACUAGGCACUGGGAGGUUGCUGUAUCCAGCCUCCAGAGGGCUACAGAAGAGGGUUGUAGGCAGAGGAGCAGAGCAGAUUGAAGAAGACCAGCCUGCAGCCAGGAGAAGGCAAUACAGCAUUCGGUGCAGAAUAACAGGAAGAAGGCAAGAGGGUAGGGGAGAACUGUACGGAAGUUGCAACCCAAGCAGAAAAAGGAAUACUCAGGGAGGACAGUGAGAACAUUUCAAGAACGGAGAAUCCCCUUGCAGAGCUGAGGAGGAGGCCUUUUCGCUAUGGAGCCCCCGAACUACCAAGAAGAUGCACCUUCUGCCCUGAACCCGCCACCCUACUCUGAGAAGGAGCCCUUCAAUCAGCAACCACCUCCUCCUGAGGGGCUAGCAAACUCUUCCAUGCCAACUCAGUACCAGCCUUAUUACACCCCAUACAGUGCAGUUCCCAGUUACGAUCAUGUUGUCCAACCUCUGCAACACUCUGUUUACGUUGUACCUGUUCAACCCCCCCAUGCACCAGAUUAUAUGGGAUAUUCCAUCUUCACCAUGCUGUUUUGUUGCCUGCCUCUGGGAAUUGCAGCCCUGGUUUACUCCAUACGGACUCGGGAUGCCAACCGGAUGGGGAACGGUACUGAGGCUCAGGAGAACUCCAGGACUGCACGGAUCUUUGCCCACUGCGGCCUCGCCGUGGGGAUUGUGUUGAUGAAAUUUGUGUCUAUAUAUCUUGUAUUUUUGAGAACAAAGUAUUGAUACCUAAGGGAUACAAAAGGCAAGGGUUAUAUAACUAUAUAGAUAUAUAGGGUUAUAUAAUUCUCACUCUUUCUUUCUCUCUCUCUCUGGCUUUUUUUGUAGCAGGAACUCCUUUGCAUAUUAGACCACACACCCCUGAUGUAGCCAAUCCUCCUGGAGCUUACAGUAGGCCCUGUAUUAAGAGCCCUGUAAGCUCUUGGAGGAUUGGCUACAUCAGGGGGUGUGGUCUUAUAUGCAAAGAAGUUCCUGCUACAAAAAAAGCCCUGGUUAUUAUACAUUAUGGGGUAUGUAAAACAGAAAAUAUUUUUCCCCAACAGCCUCUUCAUUAUCAUUUUUAAGACGUUUCAGACAUUUUGAAUUCCAGAUUUCCUAACAAAUAUCUUACAACGAUAUUCAUUUCAUAAUUACUACAGAUUCUGCGUUAAAUAUUUCAUCAUUCUACUAAUAGCUUUUGAUAUACCAAAAUUUAAUGGGAAAAUUGCAUUUAUAUCUAAUUUUUGUUCAAAAUUAACUUCCUUAUACUUUCAUUCACAAAGCUGCCCUCUUCAAAAUACCUGGAGAUUUGAGGCGGGGUGAAAUCUGGGAAGAGAAAGGACUUCAGUGGGGUAUAAGAAGGUCCCCUAUACACCUUACAGCCUUUUGUACUUUUAAUUAAUAGUAUAAACAACCACAUGCAGGCUAGGAAGAUUGUAGUCUGAUAUAACUGAUAUAAUCAAGAAGCUUCAACAGAAGCUACUGUCAUUAAACAUCUUUGAAAUUCCACUUGA